AUGGGGAUUAGCCUCUUCUUCCAGCACGUCUGGACAUCAAGCAGAGGAGCGGAGCGGUGUUAUCGGUCACCUCUGGUCACCUCUGGUCAACUCUGGUCACCUCUGGUCACCACUGGGCGACUCUGGUCACCGCUGGUCACAGCUAGUCACCGCUGGUCACCUUUUAUCGCCUCUUAUCAACCCCCAGCACUCAUCCGUCAUCUCUUUUCACCUCUUAUUUCUUGUCACUUCUUGUCCCCUGUCCCCGGUCAUUGCCGGAGCUCGAUCCUCGCUCGCUCGGUCCCUGCCCGGGCCAGGUCCCUGCGCGGUGGCCGUGGGUUGCCCGGGUUGGCGGCCGUGUCGCCGCUGCCCUCCCCGGGCACAGCCCCGCUCACGCCGCUAGCGAUGGACAGAACUGAGCCGGUGGGCCCGGACAGGCACCGGGACACCCCGAGGAGGUGGCACGCGGGGCCGCCCCUCCCGCGGCUGUGGCGCUCACUGGCCCGGGAGCCGGUGGCCUCGGACCGCCCCCGGGACUCGGUCUCCUCGCAGCCCACGGAUGCAGGAUCGGGUCCUGACUCCCACACGUGGCAGAGCUCUAGAGCCGUUCAAGAAGACUUCCAGAAAACCAUCGGGGAGUCUGGGAGAGCUCUCAAAGACAGGAAGCUCCUUCACCAGAGGAUCCGCUUCUUACCGCAGUGGCAGCUGGAAGCCAGCCCGGUGCUGAAGGACAUCUGCCAGCUCCAGGUGCGCAGGCACAGAGUGCAGCGGCGGCAGAGCGAGCCCAAAGAUGAGGAGGGCUUUGUCCCCGAGAAGCUGCAGAGGCUGGGCGAGAGGAGCCGGCUGCCCGACGGCCACGGGGCUGCCAGGAGGGACCUCUUUGGCAAGAGCCCCUGCGACACAUCAGAGCCGUCUCCCCAGCUGCUGCCGUGGCAGAGUGAUUCCACCGUGCCCUGCGGGAUGGAGAAGCCGGUGACCACGCCAGUGAUAAAGAAGGAGGAGGCAAAGCUGCGUCCGGGGAAGCGGGGCCAGUGCCGGCAGCUCUUGCGCUCGCCCUCGGUGCCCAGCAGUGUCCCCGGGCCCGUCCCGAAGCGGAGACGGCCCUCGGACAGGGACAGCCCUGCCGAGGCCAAGCGGCAGAGGAGAGUGGCCGGCAGCCCUGAGCAGGAGGCAUCCCUGGAGCCGGGAGUGUGGCUGGAGCCUUGCAGGUCUGCCCAGCUCGAGGAGAUCGAGAACCUGCUGGCCAACGAUGACCAGGAGCUCAUUGGGGACUUCUCCAAGCCUCACCUCCUGCCGACGGUGGAGGGGAAGGACCCGGGCCUGAAGUACAUCUCUCCUGACACGCUGGCGAAGGUGCUGACGGGGCGCUACAGCAGCUUCAUCGAGCGCAGCGUCGUCGUGGACUGCCGAUACCCCUACGAGUACCAGGGCGGCCACAUCAAGGGCGCUGUCAACCUGCCGCUGCAGCGGGACCUGGAGGAAUCCCUGCUGGAGCGGCCCAUCGUGCCCCAGGACGCCGGCAAGAGGGUGAUUGUCAUCUUCCACUGCGAAUUCUCUGUAGAACGGGGACCCAAAAUGUGCAAGUUCUUGCGGGAGAGGGAUCGCUCCUGCCACAGGUACCCGCAGCUGCACUACCCCGAGCUCUACGUCUUGAAGGGAGGGUACCGCGAGUUCUUCUUCCAGUUCCCGGGCCACUGCGAGCCCCGGGACUAUCGGCCCAUGGAGGACCCGGCGUUCAGGGAGGAGCUGCGCAGGUUCCACGGGCAGAGCCAGCGCGGCCGGCGAGCGCUCUUCAUCCGCGGGCGGGAUCUGUGAACGCUCGGGGGGAAACGCUACGCCGGAGCUCGGACUGGAGGAAGGGUUCCCUUGGCCGGGGAUGCGCCUCGGCUUGGGCUGCUUCGUUCGGAUGGGUUUAGCGUGGUAUUUAGGAUUAGCAUUGGGCUUGCGUUUGUUUAUUGCUAUAAAUAAUUUUUAUAUAUUGUUAUGAACUUUUGCUUAUUGGUAUGAUUAUUUUUUUGCUUGUCUAUUGUUAUGAAUAUGUUUGUGUUUGUCUGCUGUUAAGACCGUUUGUACUAGUCUCUGUUAAUAAACUCCUA